CCACAACAAACGCAACAACAACAGCAUUGUUCCGAGGCGCAGCAAUCGAAAUUAAUGCAACGCCUGGCUAUGAUUGAUCAUUUGCCUAUCGGCACCUACGAAGGACAUAAAUCUGAAAAACUAAACGAGUGUGCUAUAUGCAUGAAUGAAUUUGUUGUUGGUGUCCCAAUUCGCUACUUACCUUGCAUGCACACAUAUCAUGUCGAAUGUAUUGAUAGUUGGUUAGUUAGAUCUUUUCAUUGUCCAUCGUGCAUGGAACCUAUUGAUGUCGCUUUAUUCUCAUCGUACGUUAAUGGAGUAGAUAUUGAUGCCGCAUUUGGUGGCGAAGAAAGUGAGUAUUGUCAUUAUAGUUUUAACUAA